AUGAGGAUCAGGACUACACCUGCCCUCACUGCGACCGCACCUUCACCUCACACAUCGGCCUGGUCGGUCACUUGCGAAUCCAUCGCACAGAGACUGGCGAACCAGUGUCUGGAGCACCAACCUACACCCACCGCAUUCGCCUCCACUGCCCACACUGCCCUCGAACCCUCACACAUCGCAUGGGCCUAUUCGGCCACAUGCGCAUCCACGACGACCUGCGGUAGACAACCGCCGGCCACACUACACAUUCACUCACUCCCUACCUUCUCCUCCUCCUCCUCCUCCUCCUCCUCCUCCACCACCACCAGCACCACCACCAUCACCCCACCACACAUAAAUACUCCCACAUCUCAUGCUCCCAACUGUCACCUACCGCGCAAGUGGGAAGUGUGCAUCUCGACUCGGUUCCCACGCGGCUUCGGCUGUACGGGUGAUUUGAGUCCGAGACUAUCCCGACGCUUAAAGUGUCGUGGGUAGGAAGGUUGCUGAUUGACGCCCGCUCUCGGCUCACGCAGUUCGUCGCGUUGUGUGUGUGUGUUGUGUGGAGUGGCGGACUGGUGGGCCGGGGACGGGCUGAAGCAGCACCUUCCACGGCACUCUCACGCAAGUGAGAGACAAGCCGCUCAACCCCCGUUGUGUGAAAUCCUGGUGUUUGUGUGUAUGGGGUGCCAGGUCGUGCUGUGGCGCGCGCAGGCAUGGUCAGUCGACCGUGUCAGCCACCGCGCCCAUUUCCCACUACAGUCUGCUGACCGGCUCGGACAGCGGCUGGGGUGUGGGAUGGGAAGGGAGAGUGAGAUCGACGACUCAGCGCAUUUUCCUCACUAUUAACAAUCUGACGCGCUUGAAGCUAUCACGGUGCGCUAAAAGCCGUGGCUUGGAAGGAGGUUGCCAACUGACGGGGUAACUUGGACCUCCUCCUUCACUGGAGGCGGUCUGAGAGUCAGGCUGCAAUGGCUCCUUUUUAAUGUGGCCUUUAUGGCAUUCCCACCACAGCGUGGGAUCCGAGCCAGGCGUCCUCGGCAUGCCUAGGUGCGGCUUCGGCCGUGCCAGCCUCCAAAUCUCUGUUGUGUUGGUUGAAAUCCUGGUUAUUGUUGUGUGGACCAGGGGGUGUGGUGGAACGCCAAGGUGAGGAUCCGUCCGAGCCAUCCACCUGCGGCCCCCCUCGUCUCCGGUCUUCUUGACUCUGUCUUGACACCGGGCUCAGGCGGGGAGGAGAGAGUGUAGGUAGAUGCUACGCAAGUCUACUGGCACUAUAAACCCCUGCGUAAGUCACCGUCCCUGCUCCCAUUUCUGCUGGAACUGUGGGGCACACGGUGGACAUCAUCGAAAUCGAUGGUCGAACUGUUGUGUUUGUCACGUACAGACGGGCUUUCAAACCGUCACCGCGCCCAAAUUCCGCAAUAUAUGACUAACUGGUUCAGACACCGUACUGAUAUCGGCAAGUAAAAGAGAAAGAGCAAGGUCCACUCUGGCGACUGCGGCCCCAUGGUAAUCACUACAUACCUACCAUACCACGUAGAAAGCACCGGUUCUCGUCCAAUCACUACAUACUCCUCAUUAUAAACAACCUGACGUGUAGCAAAGAAUCUGAACGUGCGAUCACUGAAACAGUAUAUGUAUUAGCCUGAGCUUUCGGUCUCAUACAGGAGGCUACCAUUUAGACUGAGAAUGCAACGUCAAAUGAGCAGUUUUGUAGUUAAAUAAAGAGGAGAGGUAGGGGUGAAGGGUGUGAUAUUCGCGAUCACGCUAAGUCCACGUAGUCCAACGGCGUAGUGACGGCGUGCACCCUUGGCUGCGAAUGGGGUCAUGUCUCCUAGCCGUGAGAACGAAGCGCGUGAUAGCACGGGGUUUAUCAAGGUUUCUGUUGAUGGAGUUGGUGUCAGAUGCCCAGGCCUCCAGCAGCUCUCGCCCUUGUCUUAUUGCUGGCUGGCGCCAUCAUCCACGUGCUCGAGAAGUUAAAUUCGUGGCCCUCUCCCAGGGUGUGAAUGGCGACCUGAAACAAUGGGUCAUCUCUCUGGACUGCUCAUUUGUGCUCCAGUAUUCGCGAGCUAAGUCAUCGUCUGGCAUGCUCUGCAUAAUGACGAGGACAGUCACGGCGUGGAAUCCGAUAAGCGACGCCAGACUGCUCUCCUCCGUUCAGCUGGUUCAUCAUCUGCAUGAUUCUGGUACGCGCGGUGACUGUUGGACGAUAAGCGACAUUUACUCUAAGCACUGCAGUAAUGCGCUUCGUUGCUUCUGACAUGUCCUUUAUUUAUGAUAGAAUGUUGGUGGUUCGCCGUUUGCUUCCGGUUGGCGCGUACGAAGGCAGCGGCUGAAGGAGCUGUUUAAAUAUCUCUUCCUUGCCAUUUGUUCUCGAAGGUGCCGUACUCGUCCCUCCGGUUCACUGCAAUGCGUUUGUAUCGUUUGGAAGAGUGCCUUAACACGGCCUGAGUUUAUGCGCCGUUGGGUGCUUCCUAUGGUAGCUGAGAACCUAAAUCAUGUUAGUCUCUUUGCCAUACACCAAGGUGCCGAGUUCUCCAUUGGGUUUGCAUGUGACGUGGACGUCGAAGGAAGGCAACUGUUCGGAGGUCCCUUCUUCCCUUGUGAACUGAAUGUCGGGGAAGAUGCCGAUGAGCAGGUCUUGAAAGCCUGCUGGUCUGCUCCUUCCUAGAAUAACAAACGUGAUUUCCAUUUAUCGGCGGCAAAACGCAGGUUCAUGGUAGUUAAAGUCGACUUUUUGUAUCUCUUGUGCGUCUUCCUUCUGUGAAACUAUCGGGAUUUAAGUCUCCACAUUGCGCCAAAGGCCGUGGUUAGGAAGUUUGCCGACUGACGGGACAACUCGGUCCUGCUCUAAGGGCAGAGUAGCAGGCUGCAGUGACUCCUUAUUGCACUUUUUAUGGCACUUCUACUCAUUUCGAACCCUAGCCAACUCCUUCCCCUUUUGAUGGACACUGAUCCAUCGAGCGCGGAACGGGUGUGCUUGGCACGCACAGACAGGUUGUUCAGCCCUACAGCCGAUGCGCCUGAACUGGCGUCUGGCCUCGUUGACCUUGUCUUGACACUCGGUUCGCAGGGAUGAAGGAAGAGAGGGUGCGAUAGGUGCAGCGAAAGUAUAUCAUCAUUAUAAACUAAUUCACACGCAAGUCACAACCACAGUGUUUAAUAUGCCAUGGAGGACAUGGCGUACGACGUUGGCGAGGACAAUUGGGAUAUCAGAGCACGUAACACAUUUUUCCCUAGAAUCCGUUUUGCAUUGGCAUUUAUAAACUGGUAUUUUCAGCUCAGUUUUGACUACUGGCAUUUUCUACAUUGCGUUCUGUGAAAGACCCUGUGUGCUCAUACGGACAUUAACAGCCUACGCGAAAUGUGUUUGCAUAUAUGUCACUAUUUGCAUAUCUGUGCUUGCAUUUUGGACCACUCCUAUGAGUUUUCACUGUAACCGAACAUCCGAGGUCCUUGACGAUUCGUCAAUACGAAAUAAGGUUGGUUGCGAUCCCUAUUCAUAGUCGCUUUUGAAUGACCAUUAAUUACUCGUUUUAUUUUCCCAAAUCUUGUGGGUACACAUUUGUACCGUUAAAAAAAUCAUAGCGUUUGAACCAGGCGAGGUCCACAUUUACAAGUACAAAGUCUCCGAAUGAUAGCAUAGCUUUAAACUUCUGACGCUGAUGACUAGAAUAUUAUACGUUAGGAUGUCGGUCGAUGAUUGGGCCUACGUGCCUUAUAACUACCGCUUGUCCUGUUUCUGCCACUACCUCUGACGAUGGACUCUUGUACGAGUCUGAAAGCUCAGGAUAAUAAACGAAGUGUUCUGGUGCUCGACUCUUCUUCUUCACUUAUGUUAAGCUAACUCGUAAAGAAAACAGUGAGAGAAAAGAGCCUUUAGUAACUUGAACAGUCAUCACGCCGGCUCGAUACGAAUCGAUAUUAAGACCUGAUAUUCGAUUAUAAAGGAAUUCGAAAUCACCACUCCCGUUGGCAGUUAAAUUUACUGAAUUAUUCCCAUAGCUUACUGAAUAAUCUUAAGGGUGUGCAGUGCAUUUUCGGAAGUCAAAACUCCUUUUCCCAUGAGUUGGCUUACGAACGCAUUUGCGGUAAUCUGUUAAACUGCAACCGCCAUCGAUUUCUUUGAGCACUAUAACCAGUGCUGGAUUCAUACAUUUAAAAAUACCUCGUCUUCAGUUCUUAAGCAACAUACCCGGUAUGCUGAUCCAUGAAUAAUUAAAGACAAAGCAUUAGCAGACACUCAAACGCCUAUGGACAACUUUCAGCUAUCAAAGGCAGCAUAAACUCAGUUGCCAUAAUUAGGAGCGCCCACCUGGGGCGUGCCCGCAUCUUAAUUAUUUAUGACCGGUUCUGUCUGGUUUAUUGCUUAAGUGAGCCAUUUGUGUCUUUUCUUACUCAGCGGUUGGCAAACCGGCUUAAUCCCACAGGAUGUAAGCUUAAAGCAUAUGCUUGUGCGCAAACGAGCUCAUGACCGACAAAAUCCAGACUCUUCUAACGGGAUUAAACAUAACUAUCAGGUCAUCCAACGCUGCUAAGUAUAUUACAGGCUCGACCAUAUCUGUUGUCCAAGAUCCUUCCGACUGCUUUUUUAGAUAUGAUUCGCAACAGUUACAGUUUGUGCGCAAAACUAGUUAGAUAUUUAAAAAGAUCUUGGGAAGAACGGUCAAAAAACGACCAAAGAAAUCGCUUUUUACUAAAAGCCAUGUUGUAAACUCUAUGUAUUCUUAGUAGUUUAGCCCUCGGGACAGAAUAAGAAGACAAUCUCCUGCGGUGAAGACAUAGCUCAAGAUUUUAAAGGGGACGAUCAAGCCACAGGUGCCGUUUAAAUGAGUGACUACACAUAUUUCAAAGUAAAAAUUUACCUGUAUAUUUUCCGAGUGCACGUAAACAUACACAUCGAGUCACACCCAGCCCUCCAAAAGGAAAUAAUUUAUUUAUAUCCGCCGGCUCUAUGCUAUUUUGGCAUUUUCACCACUUUGUAAAGUAACAAAGGGAAAAUAUUUAAAUUUGGCUCCCUUUUAUCUCUGCACUUUGAUGGCCGCGGUCAGACCGGACAUCAUAUUAAUUUUCCCUACUACUGACACAUGUAAUCGUUUUCACAGACAAAUGGGUUGGAUAGGUCAUGUAGCCACACCUGAAGUAAACAAACCCCAGUCACCUAUUAGGGGACCCGUGGUAAUAGGGCUUUUUACAGUUAGGGUCCAGGGGACGCACAGGCGACGAGGCCAAGUAGUUGUAUGCAAAAGAAAAGCUUUGAGAAUGAACGGUUGUAUUUUGAGUGGUUGAGAUAUAGUUGUCCUAACCCCUAACUCCAACCCUUGACCCUCACACCCAACCAUAACCCCUAACCCCGGCCCUUAACACCAACCCAAGCAGUAUUGUAUCCAUCAAGUGGGGUUAUCAAACCACAUCUUACCGUCAAGUGAAUUGACAAAAUAUGCGGAUUUGCUCGCAUUAUAAGAAUUUUUAGUGUUAAUUGGGAAGUUUGCAUGCAACGAAAAUCUUAAUGUGUCUGUUGAUAAAUUCUUCAUAGAAGUCUGUCAAAACUUGCAUAAUGUUUUGUCUUCGAAAGCAUAAGUGGGUUUGUGAUCAAUAUAUCAGCAAAUCGGAUUCGCACACAUGAAGUAUUGCGAAAAAAUCAUCGCUCUACGUAAUAAUAGUCAACCGAAUUCACUAAUAAGGCUCUGAUUACUUUCUGUAUUUUAUUUCUCCCGUCUCUGGGAAUUUUACUUAAAACCAUGGAAGCGUUGGAUCCACAUCUUCUGUCCCCAAUUGCUUCUUUUACUUUGUGCCAGUAAAUACAGAUAAAGAGCCAAGUGUUUUGAAAAUACUAAAGUGCCACGACAUUUGAACCAUUAUUUAUGUUGCGCACUCAAAGAAACGUUUGAUAAUUCGUUUCGGAAAAAUAUAUUUCAAUAACCGGUUUUAGGAUAAUUCGCUCUACCUGCUAUAUUUUGUGAGUUACCUGGCAACCUAAAAGUGAUCUUUGAGGGUCACAGAAGCCAAUAUGGGAGGGGGGGGGGAGGAAAUUUAACAUUCAAAAGAAGGUCGCAGAAUAUCGUCCGACGCUUCUGCACCGCUUUUCCAACAGUGAAGAGCAGUGAUCAUUGUACGCAAGGAUUCGGAAGAAUCCUCCGAGUUUGAAGACAAUCACUGAGCUGGUUAAUUCACCUCUCAUAGUCUAUUUGUAAUUACAAAAGUAGUGAAUUUGAAAGGGUCACUUCCGGUUUUGUUCUGAGCAAGGUUUAUUUACGUAUACCGUACUACUUAGAUAAAAGGCGACAAAAACCUCCAGUCUGGUCCUGUAAGACUUGAAUUCGAUUGCCAUAGAAUAAUCGGAAUGAAAUUUGCAGGCCUAACGGAGGACGGCUUCUACGCUUUUUGAGGCGUCAUGCAGUUUGAGAAGAUCCAAAGGAAAAGUCUGAGACGAGGCCUGUUAGAGAAAACCAGACUAUUUACGUAACGUUCGGUCUAAAAAACCUGUUGGGUCCUAGAGGAUAUCGUGCGCAUAUAGUUUAGAAUAUGUCUCAUCGAAAUCGACAGCUGUUAGUUGUGGUCGGCAUUCAGGACGAAAUCCUUCACAUAUGGCAUUACUGUCAUAUGUCAGUGUAUUUAUCCAAUUCCAAAAACAGUUUCUGAGCGCAACACCAGUCAGCAUUAAUUGAUAUAGGGCUUGAUCCUUUUCUGUUGCUGUGACCACGGCUGCUUUUCUGUCAACUUUGAACUUACUACCAAGGCAAAAUAGUAUCACCUACGAGGAGGUACCCAAGAGAGCAUUAUUUUCUGUGGACAACUGGGUUGGUUGUGCUGUCCUCUCCCGCAAAGUACGUCUAUCAUACACACUUCCUGCUCAUUUGGCUAAGUAGCGUUCAUGAGAAACCAUCCCAGCAGCUAGAUUUAUUGCCUUGUUAAGCCCACUUCAAACGCUCUCAGUGAUUUCACAAGGACAAACUUUAAGGAGCAACACGCAAGCAUCAAAUUCUGUUUUUUGUCCAUAAUAAUUUGUUUUCUCGACAUCGAAUGAAUCAUUUCUGUUGCAUUUGUUCUUCAUCGCACCACAAUGAACCAGCACCGCCAGAUGCACGUACCGAAGCAGUUGCGUGAGGCAGUGAGAACUAAUGUCCUGAAUUGUUGCUAUCGGGUGCCUGGCCGCUUCACCAGGACAACAUGCCUGCACAACCAGCAUUCUAAAUCGACCAGUUUUUUGAAAAAAAUGGCAUGACAACAGUUCCCCACCCCCUGCACUCGCCGACAUAGUCCUCUCUACGUGCAAGGAAAAACCUGAAGAGACAGCGUUUUCAGAAUGUAGAAGAAGGUAAGAAAAAUCUCUGGAGUCACUUAACGGCAUUAGGCCAGAAGAAUUUAAAAGUAUUCCGAACAGGAAAAAACCCGUUGGGACAAGCAAGUAUCAUAUAGUGGUCGGCAUUUUAACGGGAAGUAAAGUUCUUAAGAUGCCAUCUUAAAUAAAAAAUUAAAUCAAUAAUUCUCUGUUCUUUGUAUACGCCCUCAUACGCAAGGUAUGCUUUUGUUCUUACAUUCAUUGACGUCACUUUGAUUUUUGGUACUCGAAAACGGACUGUUAUUCAGCAGUGCACAACUGAGUGAUUGGGACGUAAGUUAACUGCGGUCCGGCCUUUGCAAAUUUUUUUGCUGUUAACACUGCCUAGUAGGUCUCAGUCAAUUGCGUCUAUAUUAAAAGAACUCAAAAGAACUGACCGACAUAAAAGGAUCACUUUUCUUAUAAAAUUUUGUCGAAGUCACUAAAAACGGUUUCAUUGCCAGCAGGUGGCGUUUGGUUGAUUGAGAGGAAGGUGUCUCGAUCGCUGCAACAGUAUUUUUUUCGUCGGACCUUCCAGCUCUACACUCCUCGGGCCCCCAUUUUCCCCUCCAGCUGUGACACAGCUCUACCUUACCCUCACUGCCAGUUACUGCCUCGACCUCCCCUUUAUUUACACAUUCCCAUUUAUGGAAAGACGAACCCAGAUCGAUUUAUCUUAUCGUUCACACGUUUUACUUUGUACUUCGUCCACAUAUAAAUGUACUGGCUCGACGCGAAUUUAUCGAAAGCACGUGUGAGCUCGCCAGGUGGUCUUCUGAAUUGCUCCAUGGGAAUUCUCACAACUCUAAAUUCUCAUCUGUUGGACAUUAAAUGACCACCAAGGCAGUUCGAAUUAAACUGAAUAGACUAAACUUAAAGGCAAAAUGGAUCCCUUGAAUUGGGUCGUAUCUUCGGUAAAGUGAAUGUGACUUGCAAAAAUGUAGUAGCUAAGAAUAUAAUGAAUUACAACACGGUUAAUGGUCAUGCUAUUCCGGCCAUCUGCACCCAAGCCGUAUCUCUGAAAGAACUUUUUUGAAAUUGAAGUAGCGACAAAGGGUUUCUACUGGUACCAAGUGGAUGCCAAACGGCACGCUAGUUUGUUCUGCCCACAUUUUCGUAAUAUUAUAAUGGCGAUACGUUAAGCAUUAACAGAUUCUCAAGGUACGUUCACUGGGUGGAGCAUGGGAACGUGGACCUCCGCAUAUUGCGGACGACCUUGCACCUCGUUUCUGGAAGAUUAGGGUCAGGAUUCAGUUUAGGGUAAUGCGAUUCAGUUUAAGGGUUAGACUUGGGACCCGGGAAUAUGCAGACCCUGGAACCUAACGCAAGACUAGUAGGGGAUCCAAACGCCCAUGCCUAAGCUUUUUCUGAUAGUAUUUUUGCAGAACGUUUAUAGCAAUGAUAAAAAGGGAAAAAGGAACGAGUAUUUUUAUUAAAGUAACAUGGUAAAACGUACAUAAGUCCGUUCACCCAAUGUCUGUAGCACGUUUUUCGGCACAUUGAGGUAUUACUUGAAAAAACCGUUCGACAACAUAAGCUGCCAGCUAAUUUAAAGAGGUCCACUUUAUAGACCUUUAGCGGGAAAGAUGUGUGCCGGUGACAUGUAAGGGUAAAAAAUUUGACUCGAUGUGGAUUCAAAAACAGCAACGCGUUUGCUCCUGAUGGAUGACCGCAGUAAGCGCUUUUCUUAUGUGAGGGUGAAUGUAGGCGGGAUUCCCUUUUUAGGUCUUGAAUAUGCAAUUUCUCGACAGAAUAAUUUCUGUACCAGUAAACGUUUUAUUUAACUGUCGGUCGGCAGGAACUACCUAACCCAUUCUUUGGAUGCUCUUUCUGGAAAGAACUUCGAAGCGUGCUGUCUGAUCAACUGCAAUUCGGCCAAAGGGACGGAGUCUAAACACUUGUUUGUUUUUGGUUUAAGCAAGCAGGAAAGUGUCCCCACACACUGUGCUUUAAUAAUUGUAUUACGUUACUAUGUUCAACCCCCGUUGUGUGAAAUCCAGGUGUUGUGUGUAUUGGGGGCCAGGUCGUGCCGCGGCGCGCGCAGUUUUGGUCAGUCGACCAUGACAUCCACCGCGCCGUUUCCCCGCUACAGUCUGCUGACCGGCUCAGACAGCGGCUGGGGUGGGAGUGGGAAGGGAGAGUGAGGUCGACGACUCAGUGCACUUUCUCCUUACUAUAAACAAUCUGACACACUUGAAGCUAUCACGGUGCGCUAAAAGCCCUGGCUUGGAAGGAGGUUGCCAACUGACGGGGUAACUUGGACCUCCUCCUUCACUGGAGGCGGUCUGAGAGUCAGGCUGCAAUGGCUCCUUUUUAAUGUGGCCUUUAUGGCAUUCCAACCACAGUGUGGGAUCCGAGCCAGGCGUCGGCGGCACGCCCAGGUGCGGCUUCGGCCGUGCCAGCCUCCAAAUCUCUGUUGUGUUGGUUGAAAUCCUGGUCAUUUGUUGUGUGGACCAGGGGGUGUGGUGGAACGCCAAGGUGAGGAUCCGUCCGAGCCAUCCACCUGCGGCCCCCCUCGUCUCCGGUCUUCUUGACUCUGUCUUGACACCGGGCUCAGGCGGGGAGGAGAGAGUGUAGGUAGAUGCUACGCAAGUCUACCGGCACUAUAAACCCCUGCGUAAGUCACCGUCCAUGCUCCCAUUUCUGCUGGAACUGUGGGGCACACGGUGGACAUCAUCGAAAUCGAUGGUCGAACUGUCAUGUUACUAUGUGUAAUUUGUCAACUGAGUUUCAGCAUAGAAUCGGAUGAGCAGGUGUUGCCUCUUGCCAUGGUUCAAAAUGUGAAUAUUCGAAGCUGCACAUUUUGGAAUUGUUUUUUAGCAGGUGGGGGUUAUUGGGUACCCAGGUAAUUGCCUCUUUGCACUGCGAAUUAUUCAUUAACAAAUAUACAAGACCAACUAAAUAACAAGUGAAAUAUGCUGAAAUAGUCGUUUUUGCCUAUCAGAUUUUAUGACUAAGCUGCGCUUGUGGUUAUGCAGGUCAGGAUAGAAGAUGGUCGGAAUCACUGACUGCGUGAUGACAAACCGGCAGUGCGAAGAUGUAACCAGUUGGCGACAUGAUUGCCCACUCCCAGAUUAUGACAUUAAUUUAUCCGUCGCUGGUUUAAUUGGCGAGCCCGUCAGCAGGGCAUUCAAAGGCCUUGUAGAAGCCUGUAAUUCUGACGAGAAUUCAUUGACUGACACACUGAUCUGCUAUCCGCAAAACAAGUCCAGCAAGUGCAAUGUUGCAUAGUUGGAGCGGCUUUUGGAUACCUGAGGAGAGCAGUAAAUUGUGCUAUUUAGGUGGUGCUCCCUUUUUCUUUGAUGAUCGACUCUUUGCAAGGCCGAUUUUGUUCUCUUUCUCCUUAGCGCAGUACUGUCCUGGGAUUCAAAAGACGAAAAUGACCUUCCAGGCCAACAACAGGGACGAUUUAAACGGCCUUAUCCCCAAAAUUUAUAUAACUAGAACUUUUUACAAAAUAACUCUUAUACUACGGUAACGCGGCACUGCCUGCCUUCCCUAGUCUAUUCACACCGAAUUGCCUUAAUGCAUGAGUGCAGAAAUAAUAUAGUAAAUCAAACGUUCAACUCGGCUGCCUGUUAUGCAACUGUCGUUCUGGCGCACCGUUGAUUCAUGCAUUCUUCCUUCGAUCUCUUAUUGCUCUCUGAUACUGUUUUGUACAUUUAAAAAAGUCAUAUUUGUGCACCCAAGCGCAUGAGAAGGUCGGCGUCAGCCUCGCUUCCAUCGUACAAGAGGACUCCCUGAGCGAUUCCGCGGACUAAUAAUUAGGUCAGACGUAAGGCCUGAUGUGGUUUAAAGGAGUUCGUCUACAAGCAUUACACACCCGCACGAUAGCACUUAAGACCCAACAAAAACUUCUUACAGGUCGGCCAACGCACGGAGUAAACGAAAGUUGGUUCCAUCCUGGUCUAGCGUCUCCUGGGACAGUGGAAUCAACAAUUCUCUUCAAGCAUGGAAAAUAUUUGCCAGUCGUAAAUAUAUGACUUGAUUUCCUAGUGUUCAGAGCUGAAGAGAAAAACGAUUCUUGUAAUAAGAUUGACGGGCCUGAAAUAGGCAGGACAUUGCUUGAUACGGUUUGGAAAGGAGUAGUUAUAUACGGAAAAUUAAAGUGUUUACUCUUCAAUUAAUAGUUGGCUAUUGUUUGCGUCCCUCGGGAAGUCCAUUUCCGUGGUUUUAAUUGCAGGCACCAAAAAUCAAAAUGUGGCUGUAGUGCGACCGGAUAUUCCUAUUUCUACCGCACUUUACUUGCCAGACGCUAACAAGCUCUUCUCAAAGUUCGAAUUUAUAUAAAAUCAUUUUUGUUCAAAAUCGUUCGUGGAUACCUUUUAUGAUGUGAUAUGAUACUAACGAAGGGGAAGACUUUACACUUUGGUAGGGGGCGCUCACCGAUCGUUCUUACGCAACUCCCACGUUCCGUUGUGCCUUACGGGCUUUCACUCGAGCACGACCAGCAGCCGCACAGCGGCGCAUGAUAUGGGCAGUAUGUUAUUACCGAAAAAGACAAGGGAGACUGGAAUGGCCAUUUCUGGCCUAUUAGUCGUCGUCAGCCAGUCAUACCCAACCCCGAAGUGUGGAACACACGAGGCUCGAACUCGCGACCUGUUAGUUAGAAGUCCACGCCUCUAACCACUGGGCCACGAACACUUUGCCCUGCCGGUUUCGAUCGGGAAUAUACAAUGGUAGGGGAGACUUUAAAAUUUCUAAAGGGAUAUUUAUACCAAAAUAAACUCAAAUUACUUCAAAUAGGGUCUCUAAUGCAUUGACAUUCUUUUUGAAUUAUUUAUUCCGAAUUGCGAGUCAUAGUUCUUCAGAUUAACCAACAACAUUUUUCAGAUUAAACUUCGAGUCUCUAUGUUCCUCUAUCUAAGUUACCACAGUCUACAAACGUGAUGGUUUACUGAGACUAUUUUCAUUUAACCUUCAUGCAACGAAAUUUCCAAAAAAUAUAAAAGAUUUUUUGAAAAUAAUUAAAAUAAAAAACCCCUUUUAAUAGCAAAACAUCAGAAUGCUAUUACCGACAAAGACAGGAGAGGCUGGAACGGCCAUUUUGUGUUUGUCGGUAACACAAUUUUGCCUAUAUCAUGCGCCGCUGUGCGGCUGCUGGUUGAGCUCGAGGGAGAGCUCGUAAGGCAAAACGGGACGAGUGAGUUCCGUAUGAACGAUCGGUGAGCGCCCCCUACCAUUGCAUAUUCCCGAUCGAAAACCGACAGCUGCCAAUCCCUGGACCAAAUUGCGUUUAAUAUUAAGGGGAACAAAACUGUGAACAUUAAUGUAUUGUCUCGUCCGGGUUUUCUUUCGGAAUACCCUACGUUGAAUUGACCCAUCCUCUUGUCUGUGCAGAAGAACGUCGAGGAACGCGAUUUCAUUGUUUGCCUCAAACUCUGCAGAGAACGUUAGCAAGGGGUGCGAAUUGUUGAAUUUUUGAAUCAGGACGUCUGUGUCGGUGGUAACAUACGUCAGGCAGAAAAUAUCGUCCACGUACCGACCGUAGAAGCUGCGGUCAUUAAUGGUUUCUUGUAAGCAGCUAGAGUGCGACGUUUCUGCUCUCCUGAGACUGUGGAGGCAGAACUCCAGCAGCUGCGGGAUACACUCCACAAAAACGGAUACCCAUAAAAAAAUUUAUCCUUCGAAAUAUAGGGGAGCGUACUGCAAAGCCUACCAUGGCAACUGCAGAAAAGAAGGACUUAUUUAUAAGACUGCCUUUGCAAGGGGACGCAGCAAGUGAAUUAGUAAGAAGACGUCUGAAGACAGCUAUCAUUAGCGCUUUCCCCGCGGCGAAUUUACGUGUGUGUUUCACUAACUCUCCCCUCCUACGCUUGGGAGGUAAAGACCGACUCCCGCUACAGGCCACGUCGAUGUGUAUUUAUUCAUUCACUUGCCCCUGUGGAGCGGGAUACAUUGGCCGUACAACGAGGCGCUUGGAGAAGAGAGUACGUGAACACAUACCGGCCUGGCUAGGCAGAGUUGAGAAGAAAUCGAUCUCGAGUUCCAUUCUCGCACAUCUUGUCGAUAUGAAUCACCGAGUCGAUGCCAAAGAAGCCUUUCAGAUUGUCUACCGGACGUCAGCAAGCUUCUACAGAGGCCUACGCCAACGGGUGCUAGCUACAGCUGAGGCAGUGGCUAUACAGCUAACCAAUCCAGUCCUAUGCUGUCAGAAGACUCUGACACAGGCGCUCUGUCUUCCGUGGCCGACGCCGACCCCAACGUCGCCCCAACCUCCCGAUGCCAGGGUGUGUGCACAAGGUACCCGACGUACUCACAGCCUAUGGCCCCCCUCUCCCUCGCCCCCCUUAACCCAAUGACCACGACACGCCGACCACGCCAUAGCACGCCUCGUCAUGCGAGUGGCGUGGGAACGAUGGAUGUUAAUUGUCCCCAAAUCAUUUAUAAGUCAUGUAAUUCGCAUAACUUAAACUUCUUUGUAACCGUUUUGGCCUGAUGAAGGUUACUGAAAACCCGCGUUCGCCAAUUUGACUUUUUAAUCAAUAUUUUUUUAUAAGCCUUUUGCAGAAUGAUAUGUUGGUUAAGAAUAUUUGACUCGAACCAAGCAAAUAUUUUCACAAAAAGCUCGUGCAACUACUUCUCAACUCCAGUAUCCCAUCCUUAUUAACGCCGCUUAGUAAGCAUAAGACGUGAAUCGCUUACGUUGCAGUUGUUACGCGUACCAGGACCCCUUUUCGGGGAGAAGAUUUAGAUUGCAGAAGUAAGCGAUUUGCAGAUGGCUUUCUUACCUAUCAUUUACCAUUAACCAAAUUGCCGAGAGCGGUGUCUUAAAUUAUAUUCCCAUUACCCUUUGAGCACAAAAAAGGCGUGGCUUCAAUAUUUCAUUGAGGAGCGCACUCGUUAUAAUCUACAGACCACGAAAAUGAAAAAGACCCCAGUAUGCCAGUACGUCCAAAAAGGUGAACAUAUCAAAGACAGUUACAUAAAUGGUCAACAUUUCCCCAUUAUUUGCAAAGAUAAACUUUAGAAAAUGUCGUAUUCGAUGUGAGCAUAUUAAAUUAUUAAUGUUACUUAUUAGGUUAUAGGUUCAUCAAAAGAAGUACUCCAGAUAUUCCAAGUUUUAAACCGUCUGUUCAUUCCUGGUCCAGUGGAGGCCCUAGCAAGCGACUUGAUUGCUGGAAGUGUUUUCGUUAACCAGGUUACGUAAACUAACCGUCCAGGUGGGUUUCAAGGCUCGAUCCGGUAUUCGUACAGUGACUGGUAACAUGGGAAAAAGGCGAUUACCGGCGCCAUUGUUCUGACUGCCCUUAAUAAUACAUCGGUCGUGUUCUCUUAUAUUACUGUCAUGCAGCCGGCCAUAACCAAUGAUCAGUUGGCGGAGCAGCCGUAGAUUACUUCGCUAGUAACCUUAAAAGUAAUUUGCACAAAAUUCCUGAUAUAUUUAUCCAACGCCGAAAUUUUAUUAGAAAAAUAGUGCAUGUACAGUGAAAAAUUUAUCACCAUGUGCGUUUGGACUUCAAAACGUAAUGCAAAAUUCUCCAGAUUUACCAAUGCUGUCAGUUAUUACUUGAAUAUUAUUGUGCAGGGUAGCUUAUAUGUGGCCAAACCUUGAUUAUUAUUAAAAGUUACAAAUAAAUGGAACAAAACUUUAUUACAGAAAGUUACAGCAAAUGUUCGAAACGAAAAGCUUGUGCGUGGAUCAUCACCAGACUCUGUUUGUAUCACUUUCAGUGUGCCCUCCUCUGAGCCAAUUUUUAACUUGUUAUUGCCCUCUUUUACUUGAAAGGUGGCCUACACACGACGCACUUUAAAAAUCGAAAAGUAUUUUCAUGCUGUUAGCAGUUAUUAUUCGUCGAGUCAAAGUUAUAAACAUGUUUGAAAUAGUUCGACUGAAUCAUCUGAUAUAUCACCUCUAUCAAAAUCGAAACUCUACGAAUUGAUACAAAAAUUCGAUCAAAUAGGCAAAAUUGCCAACGCGGAUAAAUCUAGUGAGCUAAGAACGCUACAGACUGUUGCCGAUCAAGAUUUGGCAGCAGCAUCAUACGUCAGCAGCAGUCGGAAAUCGCAGAGACUUGCUUCUGCACAGUUAGGCAUAUCGCGGUCGUCUUUACAACGCAUCAUUUCGGAUAUCGGCUCGCGCCAAUGUCACCUGCGUGCACUUCACGCUCUUAGCGAAUAUGACGGAGACAGGCGUGUUUAAUAAUGCAAAACAUUUGGUCGAACGAAACCCGCUGCAGACUAAAUGGAAGAAUGAAUUUACGUAACUUUUCCUAUUGGUCAGAUGGGACUCCAUGCUAGAUAGUAUAACAGGGGCUUAACUUGCCUAAUAUAAUCGUUUGGGGUGGCAUUUGCAGUAAGGGAUUAGUUGAUCCGUUUUUCUUUUCAUAAUACAGUGACGGCCAAAUCAUAUCUAAAAUCGUCAAACGAAAUUUGUAGCCCAUGGUGUCUCAACGUGCAGCUAGCGCUGAUUUGUUCUUUCAGCGAGAUGGUGCCCCUGCUUAUCAUGGUCUCUUUGUUCGAAAGUAGCUUGAACAUUUCCCGGGUAUAUAGAUAGGACACCACGGUGUAGUGCCGGAAAGGUACCCAGGCCUAGGUCUUCCAGGCCUCUUUCUCAACAAUCAGAUAUCACGCGAUAAACCUUAAAAUGCAUUUAUGCUUAAGCACGAAAUAGUUCGCGGUUUUACCUGUAGGUUUCUAACUUUGUAUUCUCAUUUAUUUGCCUGCUUCAAACUGUUUUCCAGCUUAGCCAGACAAGAACGCAGUAUACAGACUUCCAGGAAGACCUUGCAGGAGAAACACUCCGUGCUGUGUUUCGAAAUACGGUGUCGUUAUCCACCAUCGCCUCUUCUUAGCACCCAGCGCUCAUUUGUGGCUCCACUAAGAUUCACUCUGUACAGCGGCCACGUCCUGAUAAUCGUUUCGACUAGCCGGCUCGCAUAUAAUGGAACAGUAGACUAUAUUUCCCUUGGAAGGCAAAACUUUGAGCCGGAAGUGUGUUCCGACCGUCAGGAAGAAAUUGACCGUAUGAUGACACUCCUGGACGGAGAUCCUGGGACUAGCCGGCGACAACUCCCCUCUCCGCGAUUUCCUUCUCGUACGAGAGAGGGAUAGACGCAGUCCCCUAGACGGAACGGGGUAAUUUGCGUUAUUUUCUCUCUAAACUAACAGCAUGAUUUAUAGGGAAACUUCGCAGUCGCCAGCAGUAUCUAAUCGGUCAUAUCUGGUACAGCACUGCUAACGCCCUCACGGGAAAGCAACUACAGAGCGUGUCUGAAAAAAAACAUUGGUAAGCAUGCCAUCUGCAAACUGGUGGGGACUCACGAAGGUUAAAAAACGCAGUUGAAACGCUAUACAAAACAAUAACCCUGUUUCCCCAAAUUAUCACCCCACCGGGACUACCCUGUUCUCCUGAGAAAGGAUAAGAUCGCCGUACUUAGUGAAAACUUACGGUAAAAGCAAAGACAACUGAAUGGCGUUGACGCAGCCCAAACAUCGCAUUUUAAAAAAACAAAUGCCGUUAUUCUGGUGUCGCCAUCAUCACCGUAAGCGGCCUCGUCCUGAAGUUGUCUUCUCUUUCCCAUGAAGUCAACGACUGUCUCAUCUCAAUAGGAUUCCGACUCGUCGGGGAGAAAGGCAAGACCAUUUCUAGCACCCUCCAGCAAGCAGUGACAUUGAGAAAUACAUUUUCUAAAAUGCUCUGUCGAAGGCUGGUAGACAAAUUGUUCUCAGCGAGUUCAUGAACUAAGUAGCUGCAGAUCACGCAGCUUGAGCUGCUUUCCGUCGUCACGGGAUGACGUCAGUGGGCUCCCUCUACUUAGGCUUUAGGCAGAUCGCAGUUGCAUAGUCACCACCACCACCACCACCACCACCACCACCACCACCACCACCACCACCACCACCAACGCCACCAACAACAACAACAGCAACGUUUGCCUAAUCAAUUGCAUGGAGACAACACUACUGCAUUCUCGAUCACGUAAAUGCCAACUUCUGAACUAAGUUCACGUAAUGGAACGAGGUCAACAUAGCCUGCUCGCGACAAAGACUGAACAUGAUGCAGUAUCUUGGGCUGACACUGUCUCGAAAGCCAGCCUGUAGACUUGAUGGCAGAUAUGGCCUCACGGGAAGAAGCACAAACGACGCUGCACACUACAGGACUAGGUCGGGCAGAGCACGACGAACACCAGUUAGGGUCAUAUGGAAACCCAGAAGGGUAAGACCUUCGUGGCAUUUGGAUGACACAUUUGACAACCAUUCAUUCCAAUGCAACUUAAUUAAUCAAAUUAUCACAGAAAAAACACAAAAAUGGAUUUCUUGAUCUCCAAGAAACCCACUCUGCAGGGGAUAUGCAUGGACAAAACAAACCGAAAUACUCCUGAGUUUUCAUUCGAGCAGAUAUAGGGAGAAAGACGGUAACACAUUGCUUUUAAAAGCAGGUUAGGCCCAGAAAUAGGUUUUGUGAGAGGGAAUCAAGGACUUCUUCAUGGUCAGCAGACGGCAACCGAUCUGAACUGCACUACGGCUCAUCUGAGUCGGAAAAAUUCCACUGACAUCGAAAUGGUGGAUUCCGUGGCGUUGGACUAAUGACUUUUAUUUCUUUCUUUUUCUUCUAGAAAAACAUCGUUACAUUCGUUCAAUUGAUGGCCGGUGCUGAGCUUGAUCGCCCACCCCACCUUUAAUUGACAAUAGGGUAACCCAGCGGAUGUUCGGGGCAGAUGUCUGGGCAUAUAUUCAAUUUGAACAGCAAUCUACAUGUACGGCUCAUCUCAACUCAAGAGACAUCUGUCUGACUUUUUAAAUUAGUGGUAUCAUUGUGACGUCAUUCCUCAUACUCGUCUUCGUUUUUCAGCUGUAUUAAACUCAGACGACGGAUUUUCGAGUAUAUUCCAAUUCUCUGACACUUAAGCGAAUGGUUCUGGUGUCCGACUCCUUUUCUUCCCUAUACAUGCCAAAACCUCUAAGACUUCAAGUAGGCAACUAUUAAUCACCUAGAUUAACGUAGUAGAAUUUAAUAAAUGUUCGGUUGUCAUCGAGGAAUCUUCCUACCUGAUAAAAUUAAAUGCUUGGUUUGACUUGUACUCAACCGCCCGAGUUUGCAUCUUAGGCAAACUCUUCCAUAGAAUGAUUGCGGUUUCAGAAAAACUGUGAAACCACUGAUACGGUCGUUAGAUCCCCGCAAAUGGAAGAAAUGAACGUCAGACCUUUCAUUACCUUUAUAAUUCUCGACGAGUCCUUCAAUAUGUUUAAGAGAGGCUAUCAGCGGUAAGUUCUGAGGUAAUGUGGAUGUUCUGAACGUCUAGCAGUAAAGGUUAGGUAACUUCAAUGGAUAAAACCCGCGGGCCUUUGUUGUGCAAAAUGGUAAGAAGCAGGAUAUUCUAUACGUCCCAGUCCCAGACAGUGCAGGUUUUUCGAACAUUGAUGGGCGUCUUCAGACACGAUCGGCCAGGCACGUAGGUUAACUAUGGAACUGAUGACAAACUAUCCCAUUUGCGUAAAAAAUUGUCAAAGGCAGUAUUUUUGACAGCCUCAUUGCAUAAAAGCCGUGGCUGUUUAACUUUGCCAGUCACCGCGCCCAACCUCGUCUGCGGUCCACCUAACUUUGUCUUGACACCGAGCCUAGAUUGACGAAAGAGGGGCAGGUGUGUAAGAUACGGCGAAGGACUCUUAACAGCGUAAAAUAAUUAACACGCGUCCAUGCACCGUCCAUGCACCAUCCUGAUGAAAGCACACGAUAAACAUUUUCGGUGGCGACGCCCAAACUGGUGUCGUCAUCUCUGAGAACCCUACCUCUAAUGCAUCAAGUUGGAAGCCUAAAAGUUCAGUGCGCAUGACGAACAGGCCUGUCAAAGGCCCGUUAAGGCGGGGAAAUAUCUACGAAAUGCACCAAAGGUAAAUGAUUUGUUCAGCAUCUACUUUUAGUCGCAUCUCUUCCCAAGCCUCGAUGAAGUAGUCGCAAUUUCCGUGCUCCUGAAGUGAUCUCUUCCGCCACAAGAAGCUUCUACAGACAUUUCUCAAGACUUGUAUAUUAGAAGUAAUUGCCUGGAGCCCUGAAUACUAAAACCAGUCAUCUGAGGAGAUUCCGCACGGUCGAAUGUAAACCUACAAUGUCAUUGUCAGUUUGGUAAAACACGGGAAUAGGAUCCUCUGUAAUACAUGUGGCCCUGUGCCACAUUCCAUGAAGAUAAAGAUCAGGGUGAACGUUUGGAUAAGUUAGUUCGGACACGGGAAUAGAUAUCCUUCGUGGAAUUUAGCGGAAGGCAACCUGCAUUGCGGGUGGGGGAGGGGGGGGGUAGUUCCCAUUCAUAUGUCUCACCGUCACAUAAAGUACAAAAUAGGGACGACCCCAAAGAUGCCAGGUUGCUUCAGAAAAACUGCGCAUUCAAUUCCAAUCCUAUGUCGCAUGCCAAAAUGUUGUUAUCAAAUAUGCUUAUAGAGGUUAACUGAUGUGAAUAUCAUGUAUCUCAUUGUGAUGUGAGCUGCUUGCAUAGGUUGCGGUGAGGGGACGGAAAUGACUGAAAACAGCAAAAGCAGCACGAAAAAUUUGCGGAAUUAUCGGGUGGCGCGAUAAUAAGUCAUUGUGAGUUAGAAAUGAAAAAUGGGCAAUAAAAGCCUUAACGCAAAAUGGCAACACACACGGACAUCCAAAAGGUGACCAAUUGGGAAAGCAUCGACUAAGCACACAUAUAAAAAAAUGGGAAGAGAAGUCCUGGCGUAGCGCGAUGAAGAAUCAGCCGCUAUCCUGUGGCAAUAUUUAGCGGAGAGCAUCUUACCAACAGUUAUGUGCUGUAGUUCAUGCUUUAUGCUCGUUUUCGGUGAUAUGUCAGAUCAAAAAGUUAAUCAUUCUAAUUUACCGGGUUAAAUAAUCUCAGAGAAUAGCAAAGAAUCUGGUGCAGUGGUCCGUUUAGAAAAUAAAUGUGAGAAGGAACAUUGGAUUAAAACAAAGAGAAAGUAUAUGAGAGCAUACCAAAAACUGACAUAAAUCUCGCAACCAAAAUCAGCAUGCCGUAAUGCACGGAGAAUUCUACGUUUCUUUAUGUACUUAAUUUGCGAUCCCUUAAGGACGCCUUUCUAAUAACAAAUGACCUUUUUCAGUGAAAUCUUGCUUUGUAUAAGUCUCUGCUUUUGGUCCCCACAUUAAUUCCUAGAUUCACAUUAAACUCUGUCCUUCCAUAUGCCUGAUCGUCCAGACUUUGGUCACAGUGUUGUCCAAAUUACCUUAACCUUAAUAGGCAGAACAAAAAUCCACUUUAUAUUCGUCCAUAUGGAAAAUCAUUAGAUAAUGUAAUAAUGCAUUGGACACAAUUACACCAGGGCAUUGCUUUUUAGUUUAUUCCCGAUUCUAAACUUGAGGAUUCUUUUGUUAAAUGGCUGACGUUUCCAAUGACCGGGUCUGCUGUCCGUUGUCAAAACCAGCGUUGUGGUAAAACCCGAUGAAUUUUCAUUCAGUUGCUAUGGUUUGUUGGCACUGCGUUUGUCUAUUUUUGCCAUUAUCGUUGCCUCGAUCGUUCUCGGUUACUACUCUGGCUUGGUGAGAUUACCCUUGCCUUGGCUGCGUAAUAAGACGGCGCGUUUGGGACAGUUUUUUUCAAAAUAGAUUGCUAGUAAAUAUAAGGGACACUAGAAUGCAUUUCCGGCUAAGUAGCUGUCGUCAGCCAGCCAUGCCCAAUCCCGAGGUUUGAACCAGCAACCUGCUGGUUAGAAGUCCGACGCCUUAACUACUGAGUCAGGGCUCGUUGUAUUGCCAGUUUUGGUCAACCCUAGUAGGUAGAAGCGUCGGCCGCUGACCGAAAGGUUUGUCAUUCGAGUCCAAUCCACGGCGAAAAACUUUUGUGUGAGGGUGCAGCAGUCUGUGUGGUGAAUUACCCACUAAGUCAACAUAUCUUCUGAUCCUGUCUGGUCGAACUAUGUCGUAUUUUCGUUAGGCGAAUCGUGACUACCCUGCUCUUGCCCUUUUUAACAUAGUGACGCAGAACCUUUUAAAUCGCGCUAAGUCGAAUGAGUUGGUUAUUCAGAUAUGUAUUUAAAAACCACGCCUCCAAUGUCAGUGGCUCAGGACUCAAAAUGGCCUAACUCAAAAUGGUUGUUACUUAAAAAUCAAAAUUUUAGCUAUUCUUUAUGACGGGACUUCAAAGUUGAAAGUUGGAGUCCAGAUUUUCGUUGCGAAUCGGUGUUUGUGGAAAUAAAUUCGUAGAUUACAUGUGGAUUUCCCAGUGUAGCUGAUGUCAUUGCCAUAUUGAACAGAGGCUUUUUACAUUUGUCCAGGUUUCUGCAAGCGAUAAUGACUCCUUUUAUUGAAUCAUAUGCUGCCCAUUUAUGGCCAGGAGCCUAGAAAUGGAACAUAUGGUAAGGGACUCGCGUUGUCAAGAUAACGAUUCAGAAAUUGCCUUCCUACAGGGGAUGGCCUAUCAUGCAUAAGGUCGUUAUGCAUUCGGCAGUCCUUCAUUCGAUCAGGACAUUAUAUGUACUGCAAACGUGCCUCGUUCUGUAUUCGCCCAGAAGGGGAAAAGUCGCUUAGUUGCCAUGUCUGAUGGUGUGUCAUAGUGCCUUAAAUAUUUGGGUUUGCAAACCUGUGUUAAGCGGCUAUGGGACUUGCUUCCCCCCUCCCAACCGGUGAAACGCUCAUAUCGGGAAACAACUGUCUCAGGAGACGUCAGGAUCAAGGACAAAAUUGCAAUCACGACUUUAAAAGCCUGUUAGGAUUGCAAACAGCAUAGCAUGCCGCACGACAAUCUGAAUUUUCCCAAAGUCUUCAGAGUAAGUUGUCAUGAUAAUGAGUGAUAAGCUGUGGACUUAACAGGCUAAUGCUUCCUGAACACUGGGUGUUCUAUCCUUUUGACGAUCGCCCCCACAAUCAGGCCGGAAGACGAAAAGCCGAUGGGCACGCUUUUGAUCCAUUCAUAUUUAUUUCCACAGAAAGGGAAGUCGGCCUCACAGAGGUUCGGUGAAACGCCUGGUUAUCAUUCAACUAAACAAUGCAGAAGGCUGUGUGACGGUCACUUUGAAUUUUCUGUAGCAGAGACUACGGCGAUGAAAGGUGGACACGGCUACUUAAAACGAAGCUGUCUAUUUAUGCUUUUUUUCAGCUAACUCUUGUUCCUUAUUUAGCUACCAUCCUGUAAGCAAACACUUGUGCGACGGACCUAGUGCCUCUCCCCUUUUCUUCCGUGUGUUAGCGCUGAAUUCCAGCAGACUGCGACGGAGCAUACUAGUGCACUUGUAAUGAGUAGACGUAUGGCAUACAAGCGCAAUAGCCUCAGCGCAUUUUCCUUAAGAGCAGUCAUUUUUUCAAACGGUCAAAGUCUACCACCGACGUGCCUAGAGAAGUAGUGCACACAUAUCGAGCGGUCGUUAAAUGCACCAACCGCAUGUUUUCAAAAUAGGUAGUUAAACGGUGGACUGGUUGUUUUGUAUGAAAACCCUUCAGAUUGUGUACACAGAGACUAGUGGUCUUAACACGCUUAACAUAGCACAUGCUGUUUGAUCACUACCUUUUAGAAUCAGGACAUAUAUCUGAUUGCAGUUUGCGAGUUCAGGAACGAACUGAAGUAUCUUGAUUUUUGAGAUAUUGCAUGCUCAAAAACUAGUCUGAUUAAACUAACAAGGACAACUAAUACAUGAAAAAUAACUGAACAUUCCAUGACUGACGGAUGUGACUUGUCUUCUCAUUAAUUCCAUUUACUGGAAAUGUGCUUAUUCCUAACUUUGUACUGAGGAUUUACAGGUGUUCUGCUUGGUUUCUUUUUAUGGAUAACAGUUGUUAUGUACAUGAAUGUUUUAGUGACGUAAUAAAUAUCUACAAACGCCUAGACUCUACCUGACUCUCCCUGAGUCACGAGUAAACCGAACCCCUUUUAAAUGAUCGCGUAUUUUGCGGGCGCGUAAUAAAAGACAUCCGUUUAUCCGCAAGUGGACAAGGAUGUUUUGUCGCCAAAAUCGGUUCUGACUUCUGAUUCUUCCGUUCAGACAUCCGAUCUUUCGCAAAAACCUGAUACUUGUUGCCAGUCAACCGAGGUGCACCUGUGCUGCUGUAGUCAAAACUGGCAACCAGCCUACAAUUACAAACAUUCGCUCUGGGCCUCUGAAACCUCAGCUACAACUGGCGAAAAGCGUUGUGCUGAUGACAAAAGCGGACCCCUACCUAAAAAGCCUCAUCUUGCGGAGCCGCAGGCCUGCUCUGUUGAGCUAGUUACUCCGCAAACUGCAGUUACUCCGACCACUCGUAUGACGACGAAUGUUGCUGACGAAAAUCCCGCAGUUGAAGAGUAAUUAUUGCCAUUUGAUGCUACUUUGUCAUGAAAUAAUUCCACUCACUAUACAGGUCUUUUCCUUAUUUCGUAUGUGUUGCUUGUAGAUGUGAAGUAUCUUCCUUAUAGAAACGGUCUCAUCUGAGCUUGGAUUUUUCUAUGCGGGAUAACAGGUAUUCUUGCAAGUUUGACUUAGUUUUUUCCAAAGCGAGACAAUUUCGGGAGGCGAAAGACCCCCUGCACAUUGUGAGUUUAUCCAACUAGCCAAUGAUAGACUGAAGUUGUUGGUAGACCGUUAUGUAGCUUUUGUACACUGCCCUCGCACCUUCAGGCAUCGCACGGGCCUUUUCGGCCAAAUGCGCAUCCACGAGAAGGGCCUUGACCGCACUCCAGACACACCCACCACAUUCAACACAUCCACCGUGCACACCCCACCCUCGCUCCAUCCGUCCGCGCCACCACCACCACCACCACCGCCUCCUCUGUAG